AUGGCCGAUGCUUUAGGAGAUGACAUUUCUCAUCCUGCUUCUUGUAAGAAAACAAUUCAAAAACCUUUUAACAAGAAACUCAAAAGCUUUGAUGAGAUUUUUAAGUUGGAGCGUGAAGCAAGGAUUGGUAGCAAUCGAAGGUGGGAAGCAUUGGAUCCACCAAAAGAAAUAAUCAAAACCGAGCUUUACAUGCAUCAAAAGUUAGGUUUAGGUUGGUUAAUUCAAAGGGAAAAUUCUGACGAAUUGCCUCCCUUUUGGAUAAAAAGGCGAAGUAAUAAACAAGAAUCAUGGGAGAAUUUGAUGACGAAUAUUCAGACGAAUAAGCGACCUGAUCCCUUGAGAGGCGGGGUUUUUGCAGAUGAUAUAGGUUUAGUACUGCACAAAAAAAUAGAAGAGGAGGAAGAAGAAGAAAUUGAUUUGUCAUUGUCUUUAUCUGUGGGUGGAAGGAAGAGGAUGAAGCCGACUAAAGAAACUACUGCGGCUUCAACUGAAAAUCUUCGAGCAUCAAUUGACAGUGCCGGCGAUAGAAGUAGUGAACUAAGGUUCCCUAUAAGAAGAACGACAUUGAUUGUAUGCCGUACACCAGUUCUAUUAAAGUGGCAAACACAAUUACACGAGCACACAGAACCGGAUACGUUGAAGGUGUUCACGUAUCAUGGAUUACCACGCCCCUACGAUAUCAAGGUUGAGGAUUUUAAAAGGUACGACAUUGUUCUGACAACAUAUACUACUCUCCAGGGUACUAUAUAUAGUUCAGCUCCAGCUCUGUUGAACAUGGAAUGGUAUCGAGUAAUUUUAGAUGAAGCGCAUGUGAUUAAGAGUGUGAACCAUUAUAGCAUUUGGCCUGCUUUUAGAUUAAAAGCUAAGAAUAGGUGGUUGGUUACAGGAAUGCCGAUACGGCGAUACUGA